AGUUAUUGAAAGCAGGCCAUGUUGUCCCGAGCCCGUCUCCUUGCGACCCGCGGUGGCAUGGCGGCCGCCCGCCGCUUCGCCGUCGCCCGCGGCUUCGCCGACGUCCGCAAGGGCGGCGAGGAAGAGAACUACGAGACCGGCGCCGGCGACAUCGAGCAGCUCUUCCACACGGCCUUCGACACGUGGGAGGGCAACGACCUGCCCGAGAUCCAGGAGCACUUUGAGAACCCGCUGUGGUGGAACACGGACUUUCCCGCCACCUUUGACGACGACAUGAAGCACGAAGUCGAGAUGCUCCAGGUGUUUGAGGACCUCGUGCCACUCAUGGACCACUCGUGGGAGAGCGAGAUCCACCCGGCGCUCGACGGCUCCAAGAUUGCGAUCCAGAUGAACGUGACGCUCGAGGACUUUGACAACCUCCUCUUCCUUGACGACCAGACGACGUUCGACACCAAGGUCACGUUCGAGGUGCCGCUGAGCGCGCUGAGCCUCGACGAGAAGGCCAUGGAGAUCUUCCUGCAGCUCGCGGGUCCGCGCUACAACAAGGACAAGCGCCUCGUCAAGCUCGCCGAAGACCGGUACGACAAACGCAUUUAUAACCACAAGCGCCUCUGCGUCAUCCUCCGCGACCUCGUCACGGCGGCCGUCGAGUUGAGCAAGAAGCAGCAGUAAGAAGUAGAAACAGCAGCCCGCUACACCAAUAGAUCGUUUCGCAGUGUAUGCCUCCG